CCAACAAUUACAACCAUUCCGCCAUGUUAGAAGCCGCUUUUGGACAAUUUUGACGUCCAUUACUUCUGGCUAGUGAAUUUUCGGCAAAUUAAGCCAUUUAAAGUCGAUUAAUUGAGUGAAAACAAUCUUAAACUAAUAAUAUGGCAUCCGAAGAAGAAAACGAUGAUACUUUGCAAGAUGAAGAGGAAGCCCAAGAGGAAUCAGUUAAAGCUGCAGAAUUAUCCAAUGAUUCUGAUGUUCCAUUGAAGCCAACGGUAAGAAAGAAGGAGGAAGAUGAUGACUAUGACCCUGAAGAUAAUCGUAAGAAGAAAAAAGGCAAAAAGCGUAAGACUAAGAAUGAGAAAGAAAAGGGUCGCAAGAAGAAGAAACGCAAGAAGAACGAAAGCGAAGAAGAGAGUGACUUCCAGCACGAGGAAGAAGUUGAAUAUCCAACCACUAAGCGCGGACGUAAGCGCAAGGAUGCUGAGAAGGCAGCUGCCAAGGAGAAGGAAGCAUCAUCCUCAUCAGGAAUGCCAUCCGUGGAAGAUGUCUGUACAGCAUUUAAUGUGACCGACGUUGAGAUAGAAUACACUGACAGUGACAUGCAAACUUUGACUUCGUACAAACUUUUCCAACAACACGUACGUCCAAUUUUACAGAAGGAAAACGCCAAGGUCCCAGCUCCCAAGCUGAUGAUGUUGGUGGCAGCCAAGUGGAGAGACUUCUGCGAAGUAAAUCCCAACAUUCAGAAUGAAACUAGCCGUGACGAUGAAGAACCACGUUCAUCGCGGUCUUCACGUAAUGAAAAGCCCGAUGAUAUCUUCGAAGAAGAAGAAGAGGAAGAGGAGGAAGAGCAAGAACCAGAUCAGCGUUCUCGUCGCAACAAACGUGGUCGAAAUGCUAGCAAAAAAGGUCGUAAAUCUGGCAAAGUACCAACUCUCAAGAUCAAAUUUGGUAAACGCAAACACCAAAGUUCAGAUGACGAUCCAGAUGCCAGUGGAGCAUCUGAGCGUGAUUCUGAUUUGGAAUUUGAAAAAAUGCUCCAGAAAUCCGAUUCGAGCAAGGACGAAAAUAUGGACGAGAAUGCCGAAGAAGAAGAAGAACCAGCGCCAGUGGUAAAGAAAAAAGCCAAAACCAAGUUUGGCAAUAAAUUUAAGAAGAAGAAGAAAAUGCACAAGACCAGUCGCUUUCCUGAUGGCGAUGAUGGUGAUCAUGAACACCAAGAUUACUGUGAGGUUUGCCAGCAAGGCGGAGAGAUUAUUCUUUGCGAUACAUGUCCAAGAGCAUAUCAUUUGGUUUGUUUAGAACCAGAAUUAGAUGAAGCUCCCGAAGGCAAAUGGUCAUGUCCACAUUGCGAAGCUGAUGGCCCCGUAGAAGAACAAGAAGACGAUGAGCAUCAAGAAUUCUGUCGAGUUUGCAAAGACGGUGGAGAGUUACUUUGCUGUGAUUCCUGUCCAUCGGCAUAUCACACAUUCUGUUUGAAUCCUCCAUUGGAUACAAUUCCAGAUGGCGAUUGGAAGUGUCCUCGUUGUGGAUGCCCAGCAUUGAGUGGUAAGGCUGAAAAGAUUCUUACUUGGCGUUGGAUGGAGCCAAAGAAUGAAGCAUCCACAUCAAAGAAACAACAACCAAGAGUUCGCGAGUACUUUAUCAAAUGGCACAACCAGUCCUACUGGCAUUGUGAAUGGGUGAGUGAGGUUCAGAUGGAUGUUCAUCAUCCGUUCAUGUUACGCUCCUACAUGCGCAAGUACGACAUGGAGGAGCCACCUAAAUUCGAGGAAACCCUAGACGAAGCCGACAGUCGUUUCCAAAGAAUUCAGCGUCAUAAGGCCAAAACUCAUGCAAAAGACGAAGAGAAUUGUGAAAUCGACUUGGAAGAACGAUUCUAUCGCUAUGGCGUUAAACCGGAAUGGCUUAUAGUCCAUCGAGUGAUUAACCAUCGAACAGCUAGAGAUGGUUCGGUUCUAUAUUUGGUUAAAUGGCGUGAUUUGCAAUAUGACAAAUGUACAUGGGAAGAUGAAACCGAUGACAUUCCUGGCUUAAAGACAGCCAUAGAAUUCUACAUGGAUUUAAGGUCUGCAUGCAAUUCAGAUACUGUUCGUAGCAGUGCUAAAAAGGGCAAAAAGGGUCGCAAGAGUAAGGCCAAGGAGCUGGAAGAUGAUGAGCGGCCAAGUAAACGUUACACACCACCACCAGAUAAGCCAAUAACUGAUUUGAAAAAGAAAUACGAGGGUCAACCGCCGUUUUUGGAUGAAACUGGAAUGCAACUUCAUCCUUACCAGAUUGAAGGUAUCAAUUGGUUGCGGUAUUCGUGGGGACAAGGUAUCGAUACCAUCCUUGCCGAUGAAAUGGGUCUGGGUAAGACUAUCCAGACUGUAACAUUCUUGUACUCACUCUACAAAGAAGGUCACUGCAAGGGUCCGUUCAUUGUUGCGGUACCCCUUUCGACAGUAAUCAAUUGGGAGCGAGAAUUCGAAUUGUGGGCACCAGAUUUCUAUUGCAUCACCUAUGUCGGUGACAAGGAUUCUCGAGCAGUAAUUCGAGAGAACGAACUGACAUUUGAAGAAGGAGCUAUUCGUGGUUCAAAGCCUGGUCGCAUUCGCACAUCUUCGUUUAAAUUCAAUGUCCUGCUUACAAGUUAUGAAUUGGUAUCCAUGGAUGCAGCCUGUUUGGGCUCCAUCGAUUGGUCUGUGCUCGUUGUGGACGAGGCACAUCGUUUGAAGAGUAACCAGAGCAAGUUCUUCCGCAUCUUGAACAGUUAUAAUAUUGCUUAUAAAUUGCUUCUGACUGGUACACCUCUCCAGAAUAAUUUGGAAGAGUUGUUCCAUUUGUUGAAUUUCUUAUCUCGACGUAAAUUUAAUGAUUUAAAUGCUUUCCAAAAUGAAUUUGCUGAUGUAGCCAAGGAAGAACAGGUCAAACGUCUGCAUGAAAUGUUAGGACCCCACAUGUUGCGUCGUCUUAAAUCAGACGUAUUAAAGAACAUGCCUUCAAAGUCUGAGUUUAUUGUUCGUGUGGAAUUGUCACCACUUCAAAAGAAAUAUUACAAAUUCAUUCUGACUAAGAAUUAUGAAGCUUUGAAUUCUAAGAGUGGAGGCAAUUCAUGCUCCCUUAUUAACGUCAUGAUGGAUUUGAAAAAAUGUUGCAAUCAUCCAUAUCUUUUCCCAUCGGCUGCCGAGGAAGCAACUCUCGCACCAGGUGGUGGUUAUGAAUUAGCUUCCAUGACAAAAGCAGCUGGAAAGCUUGUUCUCCUCUCAAAAAUGUUGAAACUACUUAAAGACCAAGGUCAUCGUGUAUUGAUUUUCUCACAGAUGACAAAAAUGUUGGACAUUUUAGAAGACUUCCUCGAAGGCGAAGGCUACAAAUACGAGCGAAUUGAUGGUGGUAUUACGGGAAGUGUUCGUCAAGAAGCUAUUGACAGAUUUAAUGCACCCGGAGCACCACAAUUUGUAUUCUUGCUAAGUACUCGAGCUGGUGGUUUGGGUAUUAAUUUGGCUACAGCAGAUACAGUUAUUAUUUAUGAUUCCGAUUGGAAUCCUCACAAUGAUAUUCAAGCUUUUUCACGUGCUCAUCGUAUUGGACAGGCUAAUAAAGUUAUGAUUUAUCGUUUUGUUACUAGAAAUUCAGUAGAAGAGAGGGUCACUCAAGUGGCUAAACGUAAAAUGAUGUUGACUCAUUUGGUCGUACGUCCAGGAAUGGGCGGCAAGGGAGCUAAUUUUACCAAACAAGAAUUGGAUGAUAUUUUACGUUUUGGAACAGAGGAACUCUUUAAGGAGGAUGGCAAAGAAGAAGAAGCCAUUCAUUAUGAUGACAAAGCUGUUGCUGAGCUAUUGGAUCGUUCGAAUCGUGGUAUCGAAGAGAAGGAAAGUUGGGCCAAUGAGUACUUGUCUUCGUUUAAGGUGGCUUCGUAUGCUACUAAGGAAGAAAACGAGGAAGAAGAGACAGAAAUUAUCAAGCAAGAUGCAGAGAACUCUGAUCCGGCUUAUUGGGUUAAGUUGUUGAGACAUCACUAUGAACAGCAUCAGGAGGAUGUUAGCAGAACUCUUGGAAAGGGUAAACGUGUUAGGAAGCAGGUUAACUACACAGAUGGUGGAGUUGUGGCUGCAGAGCCAAGAGAUGACAACAAUUGGCAAGACAAUGCAUCUGACUUCAACUCGGACUAUUCAGGUGCUUCGGAUGAAGACCGUGAAGAUGAUGACUUUGACGAACGUAAUGACAAUGGGGAGCCAUCUAGAAAAGCCAAGAGACGUCCCGAACGCAGGGAUGAUCGUCCAUUGCCACCGCUUCUUGCUCGUGUUGGAGGAAACAUCGAAGUCCUCGGUUUCAAUGCUCGUCAGCGCAAGAGUUUCUUGAACGCAAUUAUGCGCUAUGGUAUGCCACCACAAGAUGCAUUCAAUUCGCAGUGGUUAGUAAGAGAUUUGCGUGGCAAGUCGGAACGUAACUUCAAGGCUUAUGUUUCGCUCUUUAUGCGUCAUCUAUGUGAGCCUGGAGCUGAUAAUGCAGAGACAUUUGCUGAUGGAGUUCCUCGCGAGGGACUGAGUCGUCAGCAUGUUUUGACACGAAUUGGUGUCAUGUCGCUGAUAAGAAAGAAGGUACAGGAAUUUGAACACAUUAAUGGCUACUACAGCAUGCCAGAGUUGAUUCUCAAGCCAUGUGAGCCGGUUAGAUAUCAACAUCAGCAUAUAAUAGGAGAUGGGGCGAGUGGCGAUAAGAGUGCCACACCAAGUACAAGUGCGACUCCAGCAACCAGUGCCGCACCAAGUCCAGCACCGAUUUCAGAGAAAGGGGAAGACAAAUCUGUUGCAUCUGGUGAUGAUAAGCCUCGAGUUGAGGGUACAUCCGAAGGAGACAAAGAUGAUAAGGCGGCAUUAAAGAAGGAAUCGGGUGAUGAUGAUGCUCAAUCUGUAAAGUCUGAUAGUAAGGACAAAGACACAUCUGAGGCAGAUGCGGCUUCGUUAAAGAAAGAAGAGGAAAAGGAAGAGGCCAAAGCUGUGACUGAAGAUGAUGAUGACGAUGUUCUUAUCAUUAAGGACGAUGGAGAGGUUGAAAAACCAAAGCCAAUGGAGAACAAACGCCACGACACAACAAAGAUCGAAGAGAGCUUGGAGGUUCUCAAACGCAAAUUCAUGUUUAACAUUGCCGACGGUGGGUUCACAGAAUUACACACUCUCUGGCUAAAUGAAGAAAAAGCCGCCGUUCCCGGUCGGGAAUAUGAAAUCUGGCAUCGUCGCCAUGAUUACUGGCUAUUGGCCGGUAUUGUAACACACGGCUAUGGCCGUUGGCAAGAUAUCCAAAAUGAUAUCCGUUUUGCGAUCAUCAAUGAACCCUUCAAAAUGGACGUUGGCAAGGGUAACUUUUUGGAAAUCAAGAAUAAAUUCUUGGCUCGUCGAUUCAAAUUGCUCGAACAGGCUUUGGUUAUUGAAGAGCAAUUGAGGAGGGCUGCUUUCUUGAAUUUAAGUCAAGAUCCAAGUCAUCCAGCGAUGUCGUUGAAUGCUCGCUUUGCUGAAGUUGAAUGUUUGGCAGAAUCUCAUCAACAUUUAAGCAAGGAAUCGCUGGCAGGCAAUAAGCCAGCCAAUGCAGUACUUCAUAAAGUAUUGAAUCAAUUGGAGGAGCUUCUGUCCGAUAUGAAGAGUGAUGUGUCACGUUUGCCAGCUACUCUGGCACGUAUUCCACCGGUUGCACAGCGUUUGCAGAUGUCGGAAAGGUCAAUUUUGUCUAGAUUGGCUGCUACCGCUGGAAAUGUACCCAAUUCUGCUCAAUUGAUGACACAAUUCCCUGCUGGAUUCCAAGGUGCUGCUUUGCCAGCAUUCACCGGCAGCCCAGCCGCUAACUUUGGAACUUUCCGACCACAGUUUUCGGUACCAGGACAACCGUCGACCAGCUUUGCCGGCACAAAUUAAAUAUUUUUCGAUAUUCUUUUUAAGUUAUAUAAUCAAAAAAAAAAAAAAACUAGGAUGAACCCCUUUCCCCUGCCCCCCCUCUCUUAUAUAAGACUUGUCCCACUAUAUUUCGUUUGUGUUUCUUUUUUAAGGUAUUCCAGAUCACACGGUUACCCACAAAAAAUCUAUGUGAUCUUCAUCCAUCCUCCCCCCCCAAUCCAAGGUGCUUUCUUCUGAGAAAGCGGCCUUUUGUGUACUUUUUUUUGUAUUUGGGUUUUCUUUAUGAUUGUCUUAAUUUUUUUUUUAUUUUAACGUCACAAUAAGAUUUUUUAAUUUAUCAUCUCAUGAGAUAUCUGUAAUGAAUAAAAACAAAAAAGUAUAGGAGAUAAAUCCAUU